AUGCCUGGAGACAACCGCUUCGACGCUUUGUUAGAUUCAGAUGACCUUAUGAGGCCUGACCCUGCCGCAUUUGACCUCCCAGAAAUGGCCAGGGCAACAGCGAGGGCAACAUCUGGAGCAGCAGCUGGAGCAGCAUAUAGAGAAGCAUCUACAGCAACGACCAAUGAAGAAAUCAUGGGUAUUCUCGAACAUCAAGACUCGUAUUUGAUGAUCGCCUUCACUGUGAUCUCCUUUUUGGUUCUCCUUGUAGCCAUCAUACUCUUCAUCGCCGUCAUUAGGAGUGCACGAAAGCUCAGGAAUAGCAUGCCUUCUGCUGCGGAAGACGAUGGACUUGGUCAGAGCCUGUACAAGAGCUUCAGAAACACGCAGAUCCAUCUCUUCUUCGUCAUUAUGUCUCUGUUCGCCUGCCUCGGCGUCUUCAUUCUUGUGACUGCAGAGCUCAUUAAGCUGGACAACAUCGACGGCUCGCAGACCUACUUGGGUAUCCUCUUUGGCGUUCAAAUGGCCACUAUGGCUUUUGCAUUGGGCACCAGCCUCUCUCUGAUGGGGAGGUUCCCGGCUAUCUUCCAGAUGGAUGAAGGAGCAAUGGAGCUUGGCACUUUUUCUUCCACCAAGAUUAGUUGA